AUGGCUACUCGGAAAUGCGCCGCGGUUGUCGUAGGAGCCGGUCCCGCUGGAGUCGCCGUAAUGGGAAACUUGUUGGAGCGCCAGCUGGGUACAAUCGCAUGGAUUGAUCCCUCUUUCGAGGGCGGCAGAGUCCAUAACAAGUACCGCGAAGUUCCUAGCAACACCAAGGUUUCAUUAUUCCAAGCGUUCGCAAAAGCCACGCAACCUUUCCAGAAAGUGAUCGAUAACACCAAAUCACCUAAUGCAUUCACCAAAUUGGCCAAACUCGACCAAGAAUCAACCUGCGCCCUUGGUUACGCAGCGGAUAUGGUUCGCACCCUAACAGACGGUCUGCUCAAGAUGGAGGAAGUAUACGCAUGCCAUGGCCUUGUCAAAUCAGCAAACCUGAACGAAACGACCUCCAACUGGACCAUUUCCAUUAAACAGAAUUCAUCCGAAGAUCUCGAGACCAUCGAGGCCACCCGCCUGAUCCUCUGCACAGGCUCUUUCCCCACAACAGCCCCCAUCCCAGUCGCAGGACUAAACAUCCAACGCCUGGACCUCGACCUAGUUCUCAAGCCCAGCGAUCUAGCAACCACCCUCCCCACAGACCGGCCAAUCUCCGUCGCCAUCGUCGGCGCCUCCCACAGCGCCAUUCUCGCAAUCCUGAACCUCACCCAGCUCGCCCAAACCUCCCACCCCCUCCUACGCAUUAACUGGUUCACCCGUCACGCCCUCCGCUACGCAGAGUACAAGGACGGCUGGAUCCUACGCGAUAACACCGGUCUCAAGGGCCUAGCUGCGAACUUCGCCCGCGCCGAACUAGAAGACGACAAGCUUGCCACUUCACCUGCUGGCCAGGUCCUGGCCAAGAUUGACUGCGCCGGCGGACAGGAGAUUGAAUCCGCCCAGUACCAGAAAUACUUGCCCUCGUGUGACUAUCUCGUCCAGGCGGUUGGGUAUAGCCGUGCCUCGCUCCCUACUCUCACAAAGAAUGGCGUGCCCCUUCUUAUGAGCUUUGAUCAUGAUACGGGCGCGUUCCACGAGCCUGGUAGCGCGUCUGAUAUCCCCGGGCUGUUUGGUGCUGGUAUUGCGUUCCCUGAGAGAGUCGUGGAUCCUCAUGGAAAUGAGGAGUAUGCGGUUGGGUUCUGGAAGUUCAUGAAGUUCCUGAAGCGGGUUGUCCCGUCGUGGGUUGCAUGA